AUGUAUAGGUGGCCGGAAUUGCAGUUCGGAAGCUGGAACCCGUCCGAGGCCGCUUAUAGAGCCCGAGAAACGGCUUCAGUGGUUCAGUUGAUUGAAGCCCUUAAUAAUGACGCAACCCGUGAACGUGCCAUUCAUCUCCUUUCAAAGAAUAGGGCUAUUCGUGAAGAGAUGGCGCCUUUGUUAUGGUACUCUGUUGGUACGAUCUCUAUACUUCUACAGGAAAUAAUUUCAGUAUACCAUUCGCUGCAUUCCCCAAUCCCAACGCUUACUGAUAGAGUUUCAAAUCGGGUUUGUGAUGCCCUUGUUCUUUUUCAGUGUGUAGCUGCAAAUCCCAGUACAAAAAUGCCGUUCAUUGAGGCUAAACUACCUCUGUAUCUUUACCCCCUUCUAAACAACACAAACAAGGAAAGGCCUCAUCAAUUUAUAAGGCUUGCCAGCUUAAGUGUUAUUGGUGCUCUAGCCAAGAUUGAUGACCCAAAUGUCAUUAACUUCCUUCUAGAAUCUGAAGUAUUUCCUUGUUGCAUACGCUCCAUGGAGGUGGGAGAUGUAUUGUCAAAAACAGUUGCGACUUAUAUUGUUUACAAAAUUUUAAUAAAUGAAGAAGGGUUAAGGUAUUGCUGUACUGUAGCGGAGAGAUUUUUUGCCUUGGUCCGUGUUUUAGGCAGCAUGGUCUUAAAGCUUGCUGAGGAGGGGCAGCUAGCUGAAAACCCCUCCAUACGGCUUCUGAAACACAUAAUUUGGUGUUAUCAUAGGCUCUCAGAAAGUCCAAGGUCAUGCGACGGGUUAAGAUGUCGCCUUCCUGUGAUUUUAAGUGAUGCUGCCUUCAUUGACAUUUUUCGUCUCCAAGCAAGCUGUCCUCACUGCUUAUCUUGCCCUAAUAUGCUCUCCCUGCUGCUAUCUAUACUUGCCAUUUUCGCUCUUCUGAAUCGGGUAACUGUUUUGUCAUGCUGA